CUUCCACCGACAGAAGGGUAUAGUUUUUUUUAAGGAAGAGCCGGAGCCCGUUAGGUAACGAGGUUUCGUUGCAUGUUCUUGAAUAACGUUUGAUAUAUUAUUUCAGAGGCAUUUCACGUCUCAUAACGGAGAGAAGACAUGGGGAACCGCGUCGCCCGUGAGGACUAUGAAUGGGUUUAUACAGAUCAGCCGCAUGCCGACAGGAGGAAAGAAAUAUUGGCAAAGUAUCCUGAGAUCAAGACUCUAAUGGGGCCAGACCUAAGACUCAAGUGGAUUGUCUGCAUGAUGGUGGGCAUUCAGUUCUUGGCGUUCUACCUGGUUAAAGACCUGGACUGGAAAUGGGUUAUGUUCUGGACUUACGCCUUCGGCAGCUGCAUCAAUCACUCCAUGACGCUAGCCAUCCACGAGAUCUCUCACAACACCGCGUUUGGCAACAACCGGGCGAUGUGGAACCGCUACUUUGCCAUGUUUGCCAACCUGCCCAUUGGCCUGCCGUACUCGGCCUCCUUCAAGCGCUACCACCUCGACCACCACCGGUACCUGGGAGGGGACGGCGUGGACGUGGACAUUCCUACCAACUUUGAAGGCUGGUUCUUCUGCACACGCUUCCGCAAGUUCAUCUGGAUCAUCCUCCAGCCUCUGUUCUAUGCCAUCCGUCCCCUCUGCAUCAACCCCAAACCCAUCACCAGGUUGGAGCUGACCAACUUGGCUGUUCAGCUGGCCUUCAAUGUCACCCUCUACUGGCUGUGGGGAGCCAAACCCGUUGUCUACAUGCUGGCCGGCUCUUUGCUGGGGAUGGGUCUGCACCCCAUAUCAGGUCAUUUUAUUGCUGAGCAUUACAUGUUCCUGAAGGGCCACGAGACCUACUCUUAUUACGGUUCCCUCAAUCUGCUCACCUUCAAUGUGGGCUACCACAACGAGCACCAUGACUUCCCCAGCAUCCCAGGACGCAGACUUCCUCUGGUGAAGAAGAUGGCCCCUGAAUACUAUGACGACCUGCCCCAUUACACAUCAUGGGUGAAGGUCCUGUAUGACUUCAUUAUGGACGACAAGCUCAGCCCUUACUCUCGAGUGAAGAGGACCCUGAAAGGGGAUGUUAAGCUGGAGUAAACUGCUCUUCUGUUUAGUUGAGCAAAAUCCAUCAUCCUGACACAGGCUGAAAUUCACCAGCCCAAAAAUAUUUUUAACGGCUUUGCAUAUUUACUAACAUUUUCUUAAUAUGCAUUUGUUUCAUUUUUUUUUUUUACUUUUUUCAGGUGUGGGAGUUCAAGUUGUGACACGUUUUUAGAAUUUUUUCGUUUUUCAUAUCCCCUUUAUUUAAUAAGACAAUAAUACCUUAAUGUUAGUGAAUGAAGAAGGCCGUAACAUUCAUCGUAGAAGCAGCCUUUACUGCUCGCAUUCCAGUCAUCUACUGUCAUCAUCGUUAGGAGUUGGUUCCUUGAAAAUACUUUGCACUGUAAUGUAGGCUAGUUGUUUGUACGUGCUUAAAAAUAGGCUGGGUGGAGUUUGAUUCUAUAUUUGAAGUGACGUUUUAUCUUGGGAUAAAUGACUAAAUGAAUUCAAAUGUAAAGAAUCUCGUCAUGAUUCUGCAAACGUUGGUUGUUUAAUAAGACUAGGUCACUGUAGCAUAGAGCGAAAUGAUUGGUUGCUUUAUGUAACAAGUAAAUUCAAUGUCAUGGUUGAUUUAAUUUUGGAAACAUACUGUACAAUAUUAAGUAACUACGUAAUAUUGCACAUCACCUUAUGGUCAAAGAUCUAAAAACAAUUUGUGUACAAUUGUUUUCUUGCAAAAUUGUGUACUCCAUGUAGUGUACUCCAUGAUGUCAUUCCUCACAUUCUGUAGUUAUUUUAUGUUACUUGGAUCUGAAUGUUUAUAUUGAAGUUGCUAAUUCCUCUAUCCAACAUCACUGAUUUUAUAAAUAUUCUAGGGGACGGGUAACAGUCAGUGCUCAAGAUCUUUAAAUGUGACAGCUACAGUUUUGUUUCCCUGCAUAAUGACUAAUCAAAUAGUUGUUUUACUAAAGUGGAGGAAAGAAUGGAAUUAGCAACGCCGUACAAAUCUAGAUCAAAUGUUUUGUCUCUUUUUGAGUUUGUAUCUAGACCAAAUGUGGCCUUAAGUGUGCAAUGCAUUUUUUACUUGUCAGACAAGUAUGGAAACGCAAGACGACUGAACUGUUAGCUGGGUGUCCACAAAAGCUAGUCUUUAGUCAGCUUCAGUGUUUCCUCUUGGUUGUAUAGAACAAUUCAUGGCUACUUGUAAUAUGAGAAAUAUCUUGACACCCUUGUUUGUCUCUAACAGAAACCAAAUCUAAGGCCAACUGAACUGAAACCAAAUUUGUCUUUCCUCUGGUCCUGACCCGUGCCUAACACUCACCUUAUUCUGACGCCUGAAUAGUUCUGUGUCCUUUACAAUUUGCAAACCAGGAAGCACUGUUGGAGGAACCUGAUAUGGAGACAAUAGAACUGCUUCCUUUGACAACAUCCUCAAUCUAAAGAGCAGGAUAGACAGGCUAUAUAAUCCACUAUUAUUUGUCACUUUAAAAUGGCUUUCACUGAGGGAUGAAGGCCUUGAUGGUCACGCACCAGAUGUUGACUGGAUGUGUUUCUUAGGGCCUAUGCAACAGGGGUAAUAAACUGUGGGCUGUUGCAAAUACAUCAGUAUUAAAAUACAAGCUGAACAUGCUGGAGAAAGUCUUAAUUUUUUGUUUUGUCCUCAGCCCAAUUGGGCAAAAGAAAAUGAAUGCCUUCUGUUAUUCUUGUCAAAAUAAAUAUUGUUUUAACCUGGACUAUCAAUGGCAGUUUGACAAGGGUCACAGUUCCACCCUCAUUGUGUAACCACUGCCUUUUGCUGUUACUGCCUGAAAUGAGUUAUAUUAAACCAAUACUCAAUA